UCUAUUCCUCCAACAGCUUUAUCAGAUUAUAAUGCCAAAAAUUACGUAGUUUAUAUGUCAGAAAAACCACCCCAAUACCUAAACCCCAAGGCUUAUUACAUCCAUGUUCUCUCCUCUGUUCUUGGAAGUGAGAAGGCAGCGGAGGAUGCUCUGAUAUACUCGUACGGAGUCAUAUCUGGUUUUGCUGCUAAGCUGAAUCCAGAACAAGCCUCACACCUCAAAGAUCAACCUGGGAUUAUUUAUGUGAGUAGAGAAAUUAAGUAUCAGCCGGAGGAGAAUCACGCUUCAACUGUUUGGCCAAAUCUUCGAAAUUAACUACCAACCUAU